GGGGAGGGGCUACCUCAGGAGGGGGAGGUGCUACCUCAGGAGGGGGAGGUGCUACCUCAGGAGGGGGAGGUGCUACCUCAGGAGGGGGAGGUGCUACCUCAGGAGGGGAGGAGGGGGAGGUGCUACCUCAGGAGGGAGGUGCUACCUCAGGAGGGGGAGGUGCUACCUCAGGAGGGGGAGGUGCUACCUCAGGAGGGGAGGUGCUACCUCAGGAGGGGGAGGUGCUACCUCAGGAGGGGGAGGUGCUACCUCAGGAGGGGGAGGUGCUACCUCAGGAGGGGGAGGUGCUACCUCAAGAGGGGGAGGUGCUACCUCAGGAGGGGGAGGUGCUACCUCAAGAGGGGAGGUGCUACCCUCAGGAGGGGGAGGUGCUACCUCAGGAGGGGGAGGUGCUACCUCAGGAGGGGGAGGUGCUACCUCAGGAGUGGGAGGUGCUACCUCAGGAGGGGGAGGUGCUACCUCAGGAGUGGGAGGUGCUACCUCAGGAGGGGGAGGUGCUACCUCAGGAGUGGGAGGUGCUACCUCAGGAGUGGGAGGUGCUACCUCAGGAGGGGGAGGUGCUACCUCAGGAGGGGGAGGUGCUACCUCAGGAGUGGGAGGUGCUACCUCAGGAGUGGGAGGUGCUACCUCAGGAGUGGGAGGUGCUACCUCAGAAGUGGGAGGUGCUACCUCAGGAGGGGGAGGUGCUACCUCAGGAGGGGGAGAUGCUACCUCAGGAGGGGGAGGUGCUACCUCAGGAGGGGGAGGUGCUACCUCAGGAGGGGGAGGUGCUACCUCAGGAGGGGAAGGUGCUACCUCAGGAGGGGGAGGGGCUACCUCAGGAGGGGGAGGUGCUAUCCUCAGGAGUGGGAGGUGCUACCUCAGGAGUGGGAGGUGCUACCUCAGGAGGGGGAGGUGCUACCUCAGGAGUGGGAGGUGCUACCUCAGGAGUGGGAGGUGCUACCUCAGGAGGGGGAGGUGCUACCUCAGGAGUGGGAGGUGCUACCUCAGGAGUGGGAGGUGCUACCUCAGGAGGGGGAGAUGCUACCUCAGGAGGGGGAGGUGCUACUCCAGGAGGGGGAGGUGCUACCUCAGGAGGGGGAGGUGCUACCUCAGGAGGGGGAGGUGCUACCUCAGGAGUGGGAGGUGCUACCUCAGGAGUGGGAGGUGCUACCUCAGGAGUGGGAGGUGCUACCUCAGGAGGGGGAGGUGCUACCUCAGGAAUGGGAGGUGCUACCUCAGGAGUGGGAGGUGCUACCUCAGGAGUGGGAGGUGCUACCUCAGGAGUGGGAGGUGCUACCUCAGGAGGGGGAGGUGCUACCUCAGGAGUGGGAGGUGCUACCUCAGGAGUGGGAGGUGCUUACCUCAGGA